UGUGAGACCUCCAACCGCGUAAGGCGUAGUCGUAGUGCAGUGAACGUCGCAACUAGUUGUCGGCAUAUCGAACCCAUUAUUGGAUUAAUCUGGAUAAUUUGAUCAAGGUUGUUCCUGUUGCUUUCGGAGAGCCAUGAUCGCACUGCUGUAGUCAUGUCUUGUCCUCGAUUCGUCCAGAAUGCUUGGAAGAGAGACUUGUGCUCAAACUGCUUCAAGGGCAAGGAGGACCAUGCGCCUGUGGUUGACAAUCGAGCUCGCUACCUGGCUAACCUCAAAGAGAUCACCAAACUGCCUCCACCACCCGGUAUUUUGAAAGGAGUCAUAAGGAAGAAUGUUUCCGCAUUUAAAGUGCAUUUUCCUAAUGAGGAAUCUCAAAUCAUCGGCUAUGGAGGUGAUGAGUUAUCCGAUUAUGAAGAAGAAGAAUUACCAAGUCCUAAUGAAAAUGGGGCGUAUGAAGAAAAUCCAGCAGAUGAAGAAGAGUAUAAAAAAUUCCAAGAACUUACAGAAUCUAACACUGAAUUUAAUAAGGAUCCAGCUAACCUUCUCAAUGGGCCGACAAAAGAAGAGGAAAAAACUAAAAAACAAACAGCCACCUCUUUGAAACUUGGCCAAGUUAAAAGUACUUCCGACGGUAAGAAGCAAACACUUUUAGUUUCAGUUCAACCUUUUGGGUCCACGGCAACAUCAACACCCUUGGCUGUGAGUCGAAAAACUCAUUUAAAUAAUCUUCUUCAUGAUGCCACAGACUCUCUUAACUUGUCCAAUCCAAGUGCAAAUGCUGCCCUUCCAAAACUCAAGUCAGAAACCAAUAGUAUUAAGACUGAAAUGUUGUAUGACGAUGUUGGCUCUCCAAGCGUAAAAUGUAGUAUAUCUUUGCCUGAAAUUCCACAUGUAAAUAAUAUAUUUGUUGAUAGUAAGCUCAACUGUGAGGAUAGUGUACAUAUAGCAGAUAGUUUAGUGGACAGCAAGAUUGAGGACAGUAUAAAUAAGACUGAACGAAGUGCUGAAACUAGAUUAAGUUCUUUGAUAGAAGGAAAGCGCAGUCAUAUUACAAGAGGUACAACUUUAACCAAAUCUCAUGAGCAAGUAAAGACUAAGAGAUAUUAUCAGAUCGGGCCAGAUAGCCCUGACGAUGAAAUUGCAAUCUCAGAAAGCAUUUAUAAAAAAUUAGGAAGUGACCUGAAAUCUAACAACAGUACUUUUAGCAAAGCAAAAGAUACAAUAAAGUUAAAAUCAAGCUUUCAACAUAAUAAUGUAAAAAAUAUCGCUAACGGUCUCUUUAGCAGUAAACUCUUGAAGAAGGAAUUCGGUAUACAAUCUGAUUUACAGUUGACAAGAAUGAAAUCACUAGAUUGUAUUGAAACAAACACGAGUUCCAUCAGCCAAGGAGAUGGGAAAGAGAAUGAACCAAAGCAAAUGAAAGUAGAUGGUAGCCUAUUUGACGACAACCCAUCACCUCUUGUCAAGGAUGAAGUUCUGCUGAUAGAUGGAGUGCCUGCUGAGAGUAGAGAAAUGGCAGGAGAACCUGAUGGCAGAGCUGACUCUGAUGACACUGAUGAACCUCCCCCAGAGCUACCUACUACUCCUCCCCCCCUCCUGACGGAUCCCCUACCUCGACCAUCCUUCCUACACAACCUCACCAAAGAUAAACCAAAACUUCCAACAAAACCCAAGAUGAGGGACAAGAGCCCACCAAAAGAUUUGGCCCUGGAUGAAGGUGGACAUCAGGAUCCCAACCUCUCCCCUGCUUCGAGGCAUAGUCUCAUCACCAAGCGCCAGGCUCCACAACCUCCCCUCGGGGAGAGUCCUCCAAAGGGUGAGAUGACUACGCCAGAGCCGAGUCCUCCUGGAAGACAAAGAGCCGCCAGCUGCAGUCCUCUGCCCAAUGAUGGCUCACAGACACCUGAGCAUGAGGCCCGACGCAGCAUGUCUCUCAGUCAUGAAACUCUCUCAAACUCUGCACCUCUACCAGUUUUUGAUAAAAAGAAGUCGAACAAGAUGCGUUCAACACUUCGCAAGAUCCUCCGUUUGGCAAGUCGUGAUGAGGUGGAGGUAUUGACCCCCCCUGUACCUCCGCCACGACCUCGCCUUGAGAUCAUCCACCCCCUCGACCUCAACAAGUCUGGGGUCCAGGUCCUACGAGGAGAUGGCAGUGUGGUGCCUCCUAACAGGAAAUCGAGCAGUUCUUCUGAGUCUCCAUCAUCGCCAACAUCUCCUGUAUCGCCGGGCUUUCAUGGUCGCCCCAGCAAGCCGCCCCCUCCCCCUCGCAGCCACUCGCUUGACUCUAACAUCGGAGACACUCGACCAGCUCGCCCUCCUCCUCCUUCUACUUCAGUAUAUGUCAACUUGGGUGAAUUAAGAUCCACGGUUGCUCCAGCUAAACCUCAAAGGACAGCAAGCCUUCGUGAGAAAGAUAAGGACAAUCUGGACUCUACCUAUCAGUCCACUUCUACGUUACAGAUGUCUGAGAACCUGUAUGAGAGUGUGGUGCCAGAGUGUGAUCUGAACAGAGAUCGGACGUCGCUACCUUACUACGGGAGUGAGACUGAGUCCGAUAUAUACUGCCCGUACACUUUUGCUAACAGCUCCAAGAAGGCAGAGGAGCUGAGAGGCAAGAGUCAAUGUGUUAUUCACAAGAACCUGGAGGACAACUACAGCGCUGUCACUGUAACCAAUCAUGAGGCUUUGUCUCAGUUGUUAGAACAAGUAGGUCAGGCUCCACUGGUACCACCUACACUUAGGGCUAUGAAGGGUUGCUCCACUCUACAAUGGACGGACUUCACUGUGGAGGGUGGAGCGGGGGAGGUGGUGGGUGGUCGUGUGUUUCUGCCUGCAACGUGGGAACAGACUCCCGUGUCUCUGUGUCUCACCUCAGGACAGUCACAUCUGCCUCCACAUCUACACCCGAUAACACAGUUCUUUGACGUGGUCGCCAGCCAAUACCUCCGCCAGGACAAAACUGAACUAGUUCAAGUGUCAGUGGCAGUGCUAGUUAGGCAGGAGUUCCUGACAGUCGCGAGCCUGGCAUCGCAGCUGACUGCUACGGGGGGAGUGAGGUUGGCAGCACUGGUGAUGCUGCAGGUAGUCUCUUGCCUCAGAACUCUGCAGGCCCAAGGUCACACAGAGGCCAGUCUAGGUCACCUGAUAGUGUGCAGGGAAGACCAACAAGCUGCUCCACGAGUCUUUCUGCUACCUCAGCACAAGGACAAAGGUUCAGACAACAUGUCGCUGUGUCAGUGUGCGCUGCGUGCUCUGAGCCUCAUAUCUCUGCCAGAGGCACUUACCAGCAUUGUACACUCAGUGCUAAGUGACAACCAGACGCCAUCUCUCGCCAGAGCCCAGAGUGCUCUAGAGAUGUGGCUAUGGGGACCCACACACUUGCCACAAACUUCUGAUGAACAGGCUUGUCUGCAGCGUUGGCUAGACCUAGAGAGAGCCAACAUACUACAGUCUCUUGCAGUCCAAAGACCUACAAACCUGAGUAGCAGUGACUAUUGUCAUCUCAGCUUCCUGGUGCGGACCAAUGCUAAAAGCCUCUCUGAUGCUUUGACCCUGCUUUCUUCUAAUGCAACUACAUGAUUUUUUGGUUGUACAAAAUCUGCCAUACUACAAAUUUCUCAAGUCCUCCCAAGCCUGCUCAAUAUUUUAGGGUACUGUUAUGUAUUAUUUUAUUAUGUACAUUUUGUUAAGCAUUGUAAUUAAUAUUUGUGUAAGUUAAUUUAACGGUUUUUAUCACCAAGACUUUGUUUUAUACAAAUUGCUCAUUAUAUUUAUGUAAGUUGUUUAAUUUUAAGAUGAUAUUGCUGUUAUUUAAGACAGGUUUAUCACUCAUGACAAUCAAUGUGCCCCUACCCAGUUUUUAUUUAAAUAUGACGUAGAGUAAUACUCAAUGUAAUCAAGCUUUAUGAAUAAACACAAUUUAAUUUAUAUUUUUACAUAGCUUUUGACAAAGGAGCUCCAUAGUGACUAUUGUAAUGACCAUGAUUUGAUUUUGCUUUACAGUGACAUUGAUUCAUAGAUUUAAUCAAUUUUGAAUCAUUCCAUGAAAGUAAAGCACUAAUUAGUAAUUACACAACUCUUUUAGUCCGUAGUCUGAUGUCCAAAUCCUACAAGUAGGCUGGGAGUGGUAUAUGCAAAUGUGAAAUGUACCCAAGCUGAUCCGCAACAUAACACCACACAUGUUGCAUGGUAUAACACCACACAAUACAUGGUCUUGAGGAUAUUACAGCAGACCAAGUAGGUUUGUAUAUGGGUAGAACUAUACAUUCCAUUCCCAUGUUCAAGUUAUGAUCAUUUUUGGAAUAAAAAUAACAAAGCUGGCUUGAGUCACUGACAAAGUGCAAUGUUAAUUUGUAAUUUCAUUCAAAUACACCAACUUUUUUGACAACUCAAAUUAAAAGGACAAACUAAUAGUAAACUGUUGCAUAUUUUAUGCCACAUACAAAAAAUUCUGGGGAAAAAGUAAAUUUUUAUCAAUGGCAGCAAAAACGGCAGUUUUUAAUACAUGCGUUGCGGGUCUAAAGUAGUUCUUAUACAACCUAGGAAGUAAAAAGCCUUUUAGUCCCUAAGGAGAGAAAAACGGUUUUAGUCCCUACGGAGUAAAAGUCAGCUGUUGUAAAUUUUGAUUGUAAGCAAUAGCAUGUAUCGAAAUUAUGUAUCGAUUGAUUACAUUGGCUGUAGCUAAUUGUUGCAUUAUUUUCAUAGUUUGACAUAACCAAUACUGUAGUAUAAUGUUCACUACACAAACACAAUUGUAAUAAACUAAAUUAUUGAACCCCUUACUAAACAGUUACUUAUUUACAUUAUCAAAAUUGAAAACAAGUUGGAAGGAGGACUUCGGGCCCAAGGCAGAGAUGUCAUGGGUUCGUAUCCUGGUCACUGCCGCAAACAUUUUAUCAGUAGACCCUACUGUUCACCUUUGUACUGUACCGGCUCACCCUUUGCUUUGCUGUAUACAUUCCACGCACAGAUCUGUAGUCUAUAUGGACGGGCACAUGCAAGGUUAAACAUCUUUAAAAAAAUUAAAAAUAAGAAAUGGAUGUUGAAUGUAAAAAAUAAAUUGUAAAAAAUAAAACAUAAAUUGUAACAUGUUAAUAAAUCUGAAUAAAGUGUGUAGCUCAAUACUAUAUCUUCACUGGCUACUAAAAUCUAUUUACUAGCCAAGUGAAUAACACCUCAUGUAUUACAUUCCUUAUAUGGUGAUUAAUUUAUAUUUAAAUAAUAUAAAAUUAAUCUCGUUAUACCACCACAACCCAAACAUAUAAACACUACCUAGAAAUAUCUGGAGUGUGAGUAAACUAAAAUAGUUAUUGAUGCCAACAUUGCUUUCUUUCAUUUUGUAGUGGACUGUAACAAAGGUAAAAUACAUUGCAUAUGACAAACUAUUAUAAAGUAUUACCGGUAGCUGUGAUUUACACCCAAACUUUUGAUGAUUUUAAGAUAUUGACUUUUGAUUUAUUUGUGAUUUAUGAUUAAUUAUUAAGUUUUACCAUUGCCUUUGCAAGCUGCAGAGACUUCUUGGCCUAUUGUAAAAUGUAAAGCCUGUAUUAGGCGUAUUUCAUAAUAUUGGUAAUACAGUAGACUCCCUCUUAUCCGGACUCCUCAGGACAGAGGCCAGUCCGGAUAACGGGUUUUCCGAUUAAACCGACGUCCAUAAAAACUCGUUAAAACGGACUGUUUACUGUGAUAUUUGACUUAAAUUUAGGAGAGCAUUGUAUUUAGACACGUGAUCACUGGUCUCAAAUCUUUCCCAAGAGAACAGUCGUUUUUGUACUGCCCACUUCCUGCCAAUCUAGUCCGGUUAAACCAAUGUGCUGAUAAAAAUUGUCCGGUUAAAGAGAUGUCAUUUCCGCCGAGUGUAGUCCGGUUAAACCGAUGUCCGGUUAAAAGGUGUCCGGAUAAGAAGGAGUCUACUGUAGUUUCAAAAUAGUUUCAAAAUUAGGUGAAAACCAAGAAACAAAUUAAUAGUAAACAACAAAAUGCACACUCUGCAAGGAGAUAACCUUAAAAUUAUCUCCAGCUGCUCCACAAGGAUGAUAAACCUAUUUUAACUAAAAAACUAUUAAGGAAUAUGUCCAAUCCAUCAAUCAUCAUCGAUUUGAAUUGCUUUAUUUUUCUCAAUUAUAUAAAUAAAAUGAAAAUGUUUUUCUUAAAUUAAAUUCCAUUUGUUUGCUUUGUACGUUACAAACCUGAAUAUUAUAUUUUCUGAUAGCCAAUUAAUAGUGUGGUAAAAGGGUAAUCUUUUUUUAAUUAAUUGUUCAAACCAGCAUUCUAACUCUGUGUUAAUUGUAUGUGAUGUUAAUGUUUAACUGAUAGGAAGGAAGCCUUAUGAAAAAAUGUAGAAAUUUUUCAGACCAAUUUACAAACAAUAUUGGUGUUUCCAUUCCAUUUUGUGUUAUCAUGCUAUUUAUUAACUGUAAAUAUUUUAAAUUUGUAUGUGUAUUUUUACAUUUUCUAGGAGAGAAAUGCAUUUAAAGUCCUAAAUUCAGAGGCUCAAGAAAGUCAUUAUAAAAUGUUGCUCAUGUAUUAAUAAUUAUAGUUUUUUUAUAAAUAUUUCAUAUGGUUAUACAAAAAAGGGUCGUAUUGCACCUUAUUCUGUAUAUACUUUGUUACUUUUAUAUAGAUUUAUUUUGUAUAU